UGUUUGUACAUUUCGUUUUAAACGAUUUACCUGCAUAUAUUUAUUUUGACACCUUUAAUAAGUGUUUGCUAUAUUUAAAGUUUGAUUGAAAGAUUUCAUCGGCCUCUGUAACAAAGUGUGACGUCAUAGAGUUGUCACGGUAACGGACCAGAUCGAUUCGCACUCACUCAAAACACCCGUUCUCCAAGUUGGGCCAAAACUACAAGCUUUUCGACAGAGGGUUGAAAAUGUGCUAAAUUAAGUGUCCCUCAAGUGUUGGCUGUAGCUUUUUAAUGUCGCUCGCCUUGCAAACACCUUGACACUUCGUACAAGACAUGAGGCCAAAGAGGAAGAAUGAGGGUGUCAUCACCUACCAUAUCCCGUUCAAUAUUAGACUUCUGGCACCCGAGGGGACAGAGUCCAAGUGCCUGUGGCCCGAGGUGAAACCGAGUGCGCCGGUGAAGGAGAGGAAAUCUGACGGCCCCCUCAAACUCAAUAAACGGGAUGAAGCCAUGGAGGCACACGCAUCCAGGCCGCGGCGAGGCGCGCUCUCUUACACCUCCACCAGGCGACUGCAGAUAAAAAUGGAGGCUGAAAUUCGAGAGGCUAAAGAAUUGAUUCGACCUUUAGUGGAAACAGACAAGGAGCUGGAGACUUUCCUGAGCAGGCAGCACGAAGCCAAGACGAUGGGGAGGGAGGUGACACGCAAGCGUGUGCACGAGAUUGAGUGGGGUGCGCGCCAAAAUAAGCUCCAGCACCACAUGGCUAUCUGCAACCCGCUGGAGGUCAAGCUGCGCCAGAACUUGUACCAGCAAUUCCUGAAUCACGGAAACACCAAGGGCUUCGUCUUUCUGGAUAUGUGCGACCUGAAUGCGUACAACCCGUACGUCCUCCGCGACAAAACGCCACACCAGUGCAAGCUGAGGGCGGCCGAGCUGAAGGAGAAGGAAUUUUUCAACGCCAAGUUCAAAAUGAGGACUCGCUGUGAUGCAGGAUGCUACUUCAAGUGGAUCAACCAGAGCCAAACGGAGCACGAAGGCUACACGACGCCUUCGACCGUCGUCGACGCGCUCCCUCUUCGGUCGGCAGACAAGAGCAACACCAACCACGUCAGGUCUUGCUUGAAGGUGCCGUUCCACAUCCGCGAGAGCUCGGCGCCGGACGGGACGUGCCAUCACGCCGACUGCUGGUUCUCCAGAUGAGGAGCGCUUUUUUUCUUCUUCCGCCACCUGUCGGUAAACCAAAGACGCACGCUGGCCG